AUGAAGGUCUUGGCCGCAGGAGUUGUGCCCCUACUGCUGGUUCUGCACUGGAAACACGGGGCAGGGAGCCCCCUUCCCAUCACCUCUGUCAAUGCCACCUGUUCCACACGCCACCCAUGUCACAGCAACCUCAUGAACCAGAUCAGGAACCAACUGGCGCAGCUCAACACCAGUGCCAACGCCCUCUUUAUUCUCUAUUACACAGUCCAGGGGGACCCAUUCCCCAGCAACUUAGACAAGCUGUGCGCCCCCAAUGUCACGGACUUCCCACCCUUCCACGCCAACGGCACGGAGAAGGAGCGCCUGGUGGAGCUCUACCGCAUCAUCGCGUACCUCGGGGCCUUCAUGGGCAACAUCACGCGGGACCAGAAAUUCCUCAACCCACAGGCCCACAACCUCCACGGGAAGCUGAAUGCCACGGUCGACAUCCUGCGGGGCCUGCUCAGCAACGUGCGCUGCCGCCUGUGCACCAAGUACCACGUGGGCCACGUAGAUGUCACCUACAGCCCCGACACCUCGGGCAAGGACUCCUUCCACAAGAAGAAAAUGGGCUGCCAACUCCUGGCAAAGUAUAAGCAGGUCAUCCCCGGGGUGGCCCAGGCCUUCUAG